UUUAGCCAACAGAAUGACAUUUUAAGUUAUUUCAAAUUUGCACGAAACAUGGCGCUGUUCGAUAAAGUUGGUUCGCAUAGUCCUAUACCAUUGUGGCAAAAUGGUCCAACACCUGGUGCAUUCUAUCAUUUUCCAGGAGGUUCUGCAUAUUUCGAUGUUGGAGGAUUCCAAAGAUCACAGGCACCAAUGACAACUGGUACAUCUGUAAUUGGAAUUCAAUUUAAAGAUGGUGUUCUUAUAGCAGCAGAUAUUCUUGGUUCCUAUGGAUCAUUGGCUAGAUACAGAAAUCUUCAACGUGUGAUGAAGGUCAAUGACAAUAUUAUCCUUGGUGCUGGAGGAGAUUAUGCUGAUUUUCAGUUUUUAAAAAGCAACAUUGAGAGAAAAAUUCUUCAAGAAGAAUGUCUCGAUGAUGGUUUAUCUUUGAAACCAAAAGCUCUUCACUGUUGGUUAACUCGAGUAAUGUAUAAUAGAAGAUCCCAUUUUGAUCCAUUAUGGAAUAAUUUCAUCAUUGGUGGUUUGGAUGGAGAUAAAGUAUUUUUGGGUACUGUGGAUAAACUUGGCACAGCUUAUAGUGAUCCAGUAAUUGCAACUGGAUAUGGUGCAUAUAUGGCAACACCUAUUUUAAGAAAAGCUUAUGAAGAAAAUAAAGAAAUAAGUAAAGAAGAAGCAGUCCAACUUUUAUAUAAAGUGAUGCAAGUUCUUUUCUAUAGAGAUGCACGAUCUUUUCCAAAAUAUCAACUUGGAAUAAUUACGAAAGAUGAAGGUGUUGAAAUUCAAGGACCAUUAACUUUAGAUAGUUACUGGGAAGCUGCUACUAUGUAAAGAUAAAUAUAAAUAAAUUUCUUUUUAAUAAAAAUAUUUGCAAUACAAUUGUAUUAAAUAAAGUUUCAUUGUUCAUUGGUA